AUGUCUGAUCAAGAGAAGAAUGCUUCUACAAACUCUCCAUUUGGAUCUAAUCAGUCUGACUUGGGUGAAGAUUUAUCAGAUGUUUCUGCGUUUGAGUCCGAGUUGAUUGUUGAUGACACGAAGUCUUUGAAGUUUGGCCAAACUUUGAUGGAUGACAACGAAUUAGAUUGGAUGGUGACUAAUCGGAUGGUGGAGAGGGCAUCUGUUUGUUUGCCUGGAAAUGAAGUAGUUCCUGAUCCGAAACCUUACGAAUGUGUGGUUUUUCGGGAUCAAUUUGCAGUUGUACUUUGUAUGUCGUGUCAAGACUUUCUUGAAGAACUUUUGAAGGCAUAUAAAAUAGAAAUGCAUCAUCUGACUCCUAAUGGAGUAGCGAAGCUUGCUCUUUUUAUUUGGGCAAUAAAGUCUCAGGAUGUAAACUUGGAUAUCAGGGCCUUUUGUGCUCUUCAUGAGAUGCAUACUCAGUUUAGGAAAAAGAUUGCAGAAGAUGAAGUUGAUUUGGGUCUUGAUGUUAAUACUCAAGAGGUUCUUAGUCAGCAAGCUAGUGAUGAUAAGGAAACUAUAGGAGAUGUUGGUGCUACUCUUCAUGUUGCCUCUCCUCCUCGAGUUGUGAUUCAUGAUUCUGAUUUGGGAGGUGGGCCUAUGGAAACUGAUGCUUCGAAAGUUAAAGCUGAUAAGGGUAAGGGUACUACUACUGUUACCCUUGAUUUUGAUGAUUCUGAUGAAGAUGUAUUUGACAAAGAGGCUAAAAAUGCUUGGCCUUCUCGUCUUACUGAGUCCACAAUUGAUGUGAAUACUGGUGAAAAAAUUGCAUGUCAACUUGAAAAGGGUGUUUCUACAGAGGAAUUUUUUCCUGAUCCUUUAUCUCAGAAGGAGACUACUGUUGAUAUUGGAAAGAUGAAGGAUGUAGCUCAGGAGCCUGCUACACCUGCCGAAGCCUUAGAAACAAUUCCUGGUGGAGUUGACCCUGAGACAUAUAAAAGGUGCAUGGAGUACUGCCAAGCUCAAGGUGUGAAUUUAGACACUUUUAAAUUUGUUGGGAUUGGCUUGGAUAGACUUCGCAUUAUGCCAAAGAAGUCAGGGCUAAAGUUAUCAAAGUAUAUUGAUGAUGCCUUCGUAGUUCCUGAUGCUGAGGCUCAACUUGCUAGAAAAUCUUCCCUUGAGUUGGCAGAUGCAAGUGUUACCAUGGUUUAUAAGACUGCCCUUUUGCAAAGGAGUUUACGUAAGUCUCUUGAAGAAGAUGCGAAGAAUGCAGCACUUCAUGAGAAAGGUUUGCUUGAAGAGAUUAGGUCUUUGAAAUCUCAGCUUGCUGCUAAAGAAAAAGAGAGGGUAGAAAUAGUUGAAGCUCUCCAUAAUAUGGAGUCAAAGUGUAUCUCUGUUGGGGCCAAGCUUGAGACAAAAACUGAAGAUUUUGAUAAUUUGAAGAAAGAUUUUUAUAAGAUUGUGAAGGAGAAAAUUUACCGUGGCAGAGAGAGUGCUUUUAUGAAGGCGAAGAAGAAGAUGGAGAAGCAGCUUGAGAAGGAAAUUACUACUGAUGAGAAGGAGCAGAGGGAACAGGACAAGCGUGAAGAAGAGAGUGCUAGAGAUGAUGAUGUUGGUGAUCAUCCAUUUUAG